AUGGGGGAACACGUUUGGCAUGGAGUCCCACAUCCAGAUCAAUAUGCCGAAUGCGAAAAAUUCAUCCUCGUCAAUAGUUCCGAUUCGAGAGAAGGGCGUUGCACUUAUGACAACAGCAGCACCGAGGAAUGUCACGAGUGGAUCUUCGAAGAUACCAUCUACGAGUCGACUAUCGUGACACAGUUUGAACUGGUGUGCGAACGGAGAAGUCUGCAGCCACUGUCAAGAAGCCUUUACAUGGCCGGGCACCUGGUCGGAGCGCUCAUCAUGGGAUGGGUCUCCGACAAGUAA